AUGGCCGACGCGUCCUCCGACAAUGGUGGCAGGACGACACCCAGCACAGCAGCGACUCCUUGCGACCUCGAAGGCGAGAGCCUGUCAUGCAGGAAAACAGCGAAACGACCUCUGCCUGAUGAUGCCGCGGGAGCUGAAGGAGAGGAGCAUCGAAAUGGUUUUGAUGACGAUGAGAAUGGUGGAAAGGCAGGCCAGGACACCUCAGCAGCAGUGGAGGUUCCCGAGAAGAGCAUGGAGGAGUUGAAGCGGAUGUUCUUUACCGUCGAUGAUGUCAUCAGUGAGUACGACUCUGCAGAGUCCGUGACGAGUCUGCCUGCAGACGAUGACAACUGGGACCGAGUCACCGACGGCUUUCGUCUUGUACAUUUGCUGGUUGAUCCUCCCUGCAGGCUUGCUGAGUUCUUUGAAAACACUAGCAAGCAGAUCUACUCUCGAAGUGCUGCGGCAAUGCUUGGAUGUAGAUCAGAGCACUGCGAAGAAGCGUUCAGCAUGUUCAGAGACGUGGCCUGGAAGCCAAGUCUUCUCAUCAAAGACGAUUUCUUGGACGACCUCAAUGCGACUCCUUCGGUAGCCAACCAGAGAGUGACGUUGGAGAUGUUGAGGAGCAGGCUCGUAGAGUUCAAGGCUCUUGUCAGCGAUGUAGACAUGGAGAACAGGGGCUCGUUAAAGGACCAGCUAUGGGAGCGCUGCAUGAUCCAUCGCAAGCCGCCGCGCCCGGAUGUCUACUACUUUCUUAGGCUGGUGGAUGCGGAGAAGAUCCCCAACAGCGUGAUCGACGUCAUGUGCGCCCCCUGGUGUGAGACAGAGCAGAAGGAGGUGGAAGAUGAUGAGGCAGCUACUAGCAUUUACGUCCCGCCCUUGAGGACCAAGUGCAAGAAGCAGAAAACGGGCAAGCAAGACUCGUCUGCACAAUUGGCAGAUGAGAAGUUGGAGUACCUCCUACAGAGGGCAGAGAAUGUCGUCCUGGGAUUCCUCGAUUUCAUGAAGAAUCUGUGA